UUCCCACCCGUCGGCCUCGGCCGAUAAGCUUCUCGCGCGCACUGAGGCUGCGACACACGCGCACCAGCGGCGGUUUGUGGCCUCUCGUGCUGCAGGAGCGCAUUGUUCCCUCGGACCUUUAACAUCACGCUCCAGUGCUUAACGUCAUGUGGCGAAUAGGGAGAGAAACGCCCGUUUUCCCCUCCUGGCGCGUGAGGGAGCGCAGCAGUAACGUACUGUAUGCACCGAGGAGCCACACAACUCAAGCUAAGGACUCACACGCUGCCUCGAUUUAAGGCCUUAUUGUUCCUCCUGCCAGAAAGAGCAGAAAUUGGACCGCUCCCAAAUCUGGGAAAUGGGGGGUGCUUAAGUAAACAUGGACGCAGAGUAGCUGCAGUGGGUGUGAGAGAAGGUCCUGGACGGCCCGGCCCGGUUUGACUGCAGGCUGAGGGUCUGGACACAGAACAGAUGCUCGCUGCCGCCUGGUGGAGGCCUCCGUUGGACUUGGACUGCGUGAGUCUCCGUCCAAAAGGUCCGUGGCCGAGCUGGCUGGACGGCUGCAGGCGACGCCCCCCGCCAGCGAUGAGGUGCCGUUUCUGAGGCGGCCUCCGUGUUCCCUGAAGCUGCAGCGCCCGGCGCCGGACAACGAUGAGGCACAUGUGAAUGUCUCCGCUCUCCUACAUCACUGAUACGUUACGUUCUCGUAUCCUCAAAACGCUGCAGACGUUUGUUUAGUGUUUGUUUCAACAUGUUCUCUUGCAGAAACGCGUCGUCUCUCCAAACCCGCUCAAACUCAGGAUGAAGAGCUCCCCCAUCAUUGAGAAACUGCAGGCCAACCUCGCUCUCUCGCCCACUGCCCUGCUGCCGUCGCCCAAGAGUCCGGAUGUGAAGCUGCCGCCGGCGCCGCCACCCCCCCCCUCGCCCCGCGGACCCCCCGGGCCCGUCCUGCCGCCCUCGCAGCCGUCCACCGAGGAGGAGGAGCCCGUCGGCUUCGACAGCCCCCCCGACGGCGCCGCGCUGCGGAGCAUCAACAAGACUCGGGCGCGUUUAUCAUUCAAGAGGCGCCCACCCACGAGGCAGCACAGGAGGUCAGCUGGCGAGGAGGCGUUUGGCAGCGGCUCGGCGCCGUGCGAGGAGAACGGAAACCGGCCGCGGGGCGCCGACAACCCGGCGGAGGAGGACGAGUUCAGGGACCCGGGUCUGAGGGAGGAGACGGACGGGGACGGGAACUGUGAAAAGACAGAGGGCGAGGGAGGGGGGGGCGAGCGAGAGCCGGGCGAGGAGCAGACAUUAGAACGAGGCCAGGAGGAAGAGGAGGAGGAGGAGGAGCAGACAUCAGAACGAGGCCGGGGCCAAGAGGAGGAGGAGGAGGAGGAGGAGCAGACAUCAGAACGAGGCCGGGGCCAAGAGGAGGAGGAGGAGGAGGAGGAGGAGCAGACAUCAGAACGAGGCCGGGAGGAGGAGGAGGAGGAGGAGCAGACAUCAGAACGAGGCCGGGGCCAAGAGGAGGAGGAGGAGGAGGAGCAGCGGCGGCGGCCGGAGCCCUGGCCCGCGGAGCAGACGCAGGGUGAAGUCAUGGGCGAGGAGGUGCAGGAGGAGAUGAGUCACAGCUCGCAGCACGGAGGAGGUGACGGGGUGUGAACGGCCAGUGUUCACACCCAGCACAAAGACUGUACGCAGAAAUCAUUCACGGCUUUAUGGAUUUAAAUGUCGUAGUGUAACAUUCGCUCUGGAGACACUGGAGUUCCUGUUUCUUUUGUUUUACGCUUGACCUGAUGCCUGUUGAUGACAAAUAUAUAUAGAGAGAGAUUUUGUCCAUGACUGAGAUUUGUGCACUUGCCUCAGACUCAGAGCUCACACAUGUUUCAUACAUGUUCUGUAAAUGUUAGCAAAUUUAUGUUGUUAAUGUUUUAAAAUGACGUGACACCAAAGCUCUAUUACUUUAGCUUCUAAAUAUAUUAUUUUAGCUUUCA